GAAGACCCAACAUGCCGUGACUCGAGUGGUUACUGUGUAUAGACCAGUGUCGCCCAACGUCGACCAACGUCGACCAACGUCGACCAACGACACCACCACACUCUUCGCUGCACCCCCCCCCCACAUCUGUGUCGUCCCACAGUACUGUGCAACCCCGCCGCAAGGGCGCCCCUUUCUGUGACUCUGUGCUUGCACCGAGCAUCGUACUUGAUCCUUCCUCUACUGAUUUGUACAAGCCUGUUUGCCUCACCACGAUCAGUGAACAAGUGAACAACCCAGCCCAACAUGGCCGACACGCUCCCCAGCACCGCCAACAGCACUGCCAACAGCACUACCAAGAAGCCCGCAGUCUGCGUCUUCUGCGGCUCCUCCUCCGGCACGUCGCCCCUGCACCUCGAGUCCGCGCGGCAGCUCGCGCGCGCCCUGCACGAGUCGGGCACCACGCUUGUCUACGGUGGCGGCACCGUAGGCCUCAUGGGCGAAGUGGCGCGCACGCUGGUCUCGCUCUCUGGGCCCAGCAGCGUGCACGGCAUCAUCCCCGCGCCGCUGGUCGAGUUUGAGCAGAACCACGACCCCGCGGACCCGGGCUCGCACCGCAUCGACGAGGCCGUCUACGGCCGCACCACCGUCGUCAAAGACAUGCACACGCGCAAGCGGAUGAUGGCUCGCGAGGUCAUCGAGGGCGGGCCCGGCGGCGGCUUCGUAGCCCUGAGCGGCGGCUACGGCACCUUUGAGGAGCUAAUGGAGGUCACCACCUGGAACCAGCUGGGCAUCCACAGCAUGCCUGUCAUUGUCUACAACGUCGACGGCUACUGGACGGGGCUGAUUGAGUGGGUGAAGAAUGCCGUGACCGCUGGCUUCGUGGGCGCCAACAAUGCCGGUAUCAUCAAAGAGGCCCUGAGUGCUGAGGAGGUCCUGCAGACUCUGAAAGAUUAUGAGAUCGCCCCCGGCAGGUUCGACCUGACCUGGGGCGACAGCUAGAUCGAGGCGGGCAUGUUCCACAGUACUGGCCGCAUCAUCUACGACGUGGACCCAGAUGUAAGAACACCAUAGACUCGGUCCACAGACCAAUCAAAACCGAUAUACUAGGACAUGAGAACGUCAUGCUGCUUUUGAUUCACUUGUUGCUAAGAUAAACUGUACCAUGCGGUGGAUGCUACAAGGCUCAUAGAAUUACAUAAUCGUACAAUGCUGCAGCUGGAAUAGGAGGACGAAGCCAUCCGUCGUGCUGAUACAUCAUAUUUUCUCACCUGCACCUCAGGUGGAUUUUCCCGCAACGCCAGCGCUAUG